UACCCGCUUCCCCUCACCAUGGCUUCCAACUUCAACGACAUAGUCAAACAGGGAUACGUGAGGAUACGGAGUAAGAAACUGGGGAUCUUCCGGAGGUGUUGGCUGGUGUUCAAGAAAGCCUCCAGUAAAGGACCCCGCCGGUUAGAGAAGUACCCAGACGAGAAGGCAGCCUAUUUCAGGAGCUUUCACAAGAUCACCGAGCUCCAUAACAUCAAGAACAUUACCCGCAUGCCGCGGGAGACAAAAAAGCACGCUGUGGCGAUUAUCUUCUGUGAUGACACGUCCAAGACAUUUGCCUGUGAAUCAGAGCUGGAUGCGGAGGAAUGGUGUAAGCUGCUGUGCGUGGAGUGCCUAGGCAGCCGUCUCAACGACAUCAGCCUGGGAGAGCCAGACCUGUUAGCAGCAGGGGUGCAGCGGGAGCAGAACGAACGUUUCAAUGUGUACCUAAUGCCCACCCCUAACCUGGACAUCUACGGGGAGUGCACCAUGCAGAUCACCCAUGAAAACAUCUACCUGUGGGACAUUCACAACGCUCGCCUCAAACUCGUCAUGUGGCCUCUCAGCUCCCUGCGCAGAUACGGUCGAGACUCCACCUGGUUUACUUUUGAGUCCGGAAGGAUGUGUGACACAGGAGAGGGUUUGUUCACGUUCCAGACGCGGGAGGGGGAGAUGAUCUACCAGCGGGUCCACUCGGCCACGCUGGCCAUUGCCCAGCAGCAUGAGAGGAUGAUGGAGGAGAUGGAGAAGAGCUCCCAGAUCCACUCCAGAGAGACGCUAACCAAGUCCAUCUCCCUGCCACGCAGCGCCUACUGGCAGCACAUCACGCGUCAGAACAGCGUGGGAGAUCUCUACAGUUACCAAGGUACAGCUUUUUUUUUUUUUUCCACAGGAAGCGGCCUGACAAUGACUUUUAUCCCCCGAGCACAGACGUUUCCCAGCUUUCUGUCUGAUGAGCCAGAACAGGAGGAGAGCCAGCAACAGGAAGAGGCACCAUCGCCCUCUAGUGGCUGUGAAUCCAGUUGCAGCCUGAGACCCCUUCAAUGA